AUGUUACAAGCUAAACCCAAGAUUAUUGCGCAGUAACCUGUUUACAAAGAUUUUAAGUAUACCAAGUCCUCCAAGUCUUUUAAUCCAAUAAACACACUCUUUGGAAAUUAGCAAACUCCCAUUCUUCAAAACAAUCUAGCUAUACCUUUAUACAAGGGGCAUUUCAUUAAUUUCCAUCACGAGGAGAUCCAACUUGAUAAUUCUAUCACUCUGAGCGGUAUUUAGGAAAGCUUUUUGUACUUUGUUUUUAACUAAAGAUAUUUGCGAUUUUAUUUUUAUUCACCCACUCAGGCUGAUCUCAACUAUUAUUACAACACAGAUGACAAGAAGUACAAAUUCCCAAUUAGAAUGAAAGAACAAUAAAUCAAUCAUACAGAAUAUAUUUCGGCGGUAGCCUUUUAAUAUCAAGAUGAAUAAUGGACCAUGGCUAUUGCUUCUGAGUUUUACAUCUUUUUAUACACUUUUAAUGGUGAUCUGGAUAACUUUCAAAUGCUAAAAAAAGGGUUCAAUAUUAAUGGAGAAAUUGUAAACCAGAUCAUAUUUUACCAAGAGAACCUCAUUUAUGGAGGCAGCUUGGGAUAUCUAACAUGUAAGUCUAUUGACACUGCUCAGAAUUACACUUCUUAAUUGAAAGAAAGAAUUAAAAAAUAAUUUAAUAGAAUAUUCAAAGAUUUUACUCCAUGGGCUUCAACUCAAGGAUUAAUACAAUUGAAAGUGCAAGAAGAAUUCAACAUCUGUUAUGGUUUAUUCGAACAAUAUGAUCAAGAAGACAAAGUAUGUGACACAUAUGUAGCCAUCUAUGAUAUUGGUUUAAAGGACCAAUAAUUUACAGAGAUAGUACGCAUCAAAUAAUCCAAUGUCUACAAUUACAAUACUGAAUUGAAGAACACCUUUGACUUAGGCAAUCUUUAAUUCUAGCAUGUUCAUUUUGAAAAGCAAUGGCAUACAAAUAACAUACUGAUGAUAAUCACAACCAAGGAUCAACUCCAAAUCUAUUUCACAUUCGAAGUAUAAGAUAGAACUCUUAAUGAUGCCAGCUUGUAUCAAUCCCGAAUUGUUAAUUCAAAUAAAUCCCAAGAUUCUAUCAAACUGAAAUCUGAGUAUUCCAUCCACCAAAUCAAAUAUCCAUACAUGAAAUUUGAUCAAGAAAUACCAUAUGGUGUUUGUCUAGAUGAAAGUAGGGCCUAAUACAAGCAAAAGGAAAUGUUGAGCAUUCAACAAAAACAUUAGCUCAAAUCAGUCUUUAGAGAUGACCAUGUGGCUUUGUAUCAUUUGGACAACUACAUUAUUGCUUAAUUUAUUGAUUUGGCUCAUAUAUAAUACAUCAAGAACUUAGAGUAACAAUUGACUAAAUACAAUUCUUACAAUCAAUUACAAUAUUCCCUGUAUAGAGAUUCUUCAAAAGAAGCAGUUGAAAAUAUAGAAUUGCAUUAAGUCAAUUUGAAUGAGGAAUUCCCAGAAAAUCUAUACAAUCUUGGAAGGUACUCAAUUAAACAAGUAUUCAAUCACUCAGACAUCAAUGAAUCAUAAUUGUACAAUCUACCAGAACAUUACGUAUGUAUUGCUGACCAUACAAUAGAAUUUAUUGUAAGAAUGAGACCGAUCGAUUUCUUUUUCACUGCCAUUAAAGUUACUCAUUAUGAUUUCAUUAAUCAAGUUUAUGAAGAUUUCCCAUUAGAAAAAUUGAUAAGAGCAUUUGGAAUUGAAGAAAGUUGUGCCUAAAUUUUGUAAAUAAUAAUCUAAGAAGAUUCUACAUUUUACAUUAAUGUAGAACUAUAACAUCAAUAUUAACUUGAUCUAUAAAAAGCAUAUUAAAGAAUACAUUUCUCAGAAAACAUUGAUAAGUUUUUUGAUGACAAUGAAAAAAUACCUCUUUGGGUUACAGGCUAAGUCUAUGUCAGCAAAGGAUCUAUAAUUAAGGAUAAGGCAAUGAAAGCUUACUUCUCAUUAAUCAAGAGAUCACUAUUAAGUGAAGAUAGAAAUUAGAAGUCUAAAAAGGUGUUUAGUACUACUUAAUUGAUUUGGAAAAUCUUGGCACCAUUGACCACUAAGAAGUUCAUUGACGAGAAGGUAUAUAAUUUGGAAUGCAAUCAACCAAUAGAAAGUUAUUCAAUACAAUAACUCUAAAUGGCUUAUAAAUAAAUAGAGAAAUUAUUGAAACUAUUUGAGAAUGAGCCGAAUUAUUUCCAGAAGAGAAAACAUCAAAUAGUUGAACCAUCUUAGGAUGAAUAAAUUGCAUAGAUCAAUUACAAAAAAGGAUUCAAUAAACAUAUUUAUGAAUCCUUUGAUUUGAGUUCAAAAUUAGAUAUGUCAAGAAGUACCAACUAUUCUGAUCAAUCUCUUGUUCAAAGUGUCAAUGUUGAUAUAGAACAUACCUAAAUGAAAGGACUCUUUGAUUUCUGUCUACAAAUCAAACAAUUAUUGCAAUUUUUCAUCUACUUUUUUGGAGACCUCAACGGAAUCAGAAACAUCAUUAAUAGUUAUUCCAAUAAAUAAUAGUUAUUUGAUUUAUCAGUCAAAACUAUACUCAAUGCAGACCCUUCAAGUCUGCUGACAUUGAAAUAAUUAAUGAUCCAUAUCAUUAAAAGUGAUAAGUCUAAAUUCAGAGACAUGGCACAAUACAUGCAUGUUAACUUCUCAGAGUAUUUCACUAUUCAAGACUUCAAAAUUAGUCUAGCUCAGAACUUAUUUGAUGAAAUUCUGUAAUUUGCUGCCCAAAAGAACAUAAUCAAAUUAAACCCCAAUGAAUAGAUUCAUGAAAAAAUAAAACGAAUACUAAAACUUUCAAAGGCCCCUUAAAUCACUUUUGAAAAAGUUCUUGAGAAAAGAGAAAUUUUUAUCUAUUAUAAAGAAUUGUAAGCUGAAUUGUAGGAACAACUAAAAGAAGCAUUGAAAUCGAUCGAAGAAGUCAUAUUUGCUAUUUCUCAUUCUUAUCUAUCUUAGAGCUUUUUGAAUUACAUGUUUCCCUUUGGCACCUUUAAGUAUUACAUACAAUUUUUGGCUUCAAAGUGUCAGCAAUAUGAAAAAGAUCAAUUCAAUGAUGAACAUAGAAUUUGCUUUUUGGAUCUCAUUCAAUAAUACAACAAUCUCAUACAAUAUUAUUUAGAUCCACCUAAAGGUUUAACUAAAACCUAGGUCUAUGAUAUAUUAAAAGAUUCUCUAUAAAUAUUGAACUAAUAUCAAUUAAUUACUGCAACUGAAGUGGUUAUAAACAGUUUAAUUAAAUAAAAACUAAAAGAAUUCAUAGCCUACAUCGAUUAUAAUUAAGAUUUAGAAUUGUAAUGUAAUGAACUUGAAAAAUUGUAAAUCCAAAAGAAGCAAUUACUAGUAAAAUCAGUAAAGGGAGACGAUGAAGCAGUCCAUUAAUUAAUACAAUUAUUACUCAAAUUGGCACAAUUUUCUCUAGUUUAGAAUUCAGAAAUGACUUUGGAGGAUAUUUAGGCAAUCUUGCCAUUAAGAAAACGCUUGAGAUAUAUAUCAAAGGCAUAAGAAUUCAUAAAAUCUAGUUAGAAAAACGAUGUACCAAAUGACAUUCUGCAAUUUGAGAAAUAAGCAUAGGACUUAAGCAAAUUACUAUUUCUUUAAGAUAUUAUGUAUGAUUAUAUAGCAACCAAUGAUAAUGAAGAUUAUUUGAGCUAGAAAAGAAAAAUAUUAAUUGAGAUCUUAGACUGCAAUAUUAUCAUGCAAUUUUUUGAGGAUAAUAAUAUUUGUUUUGGCUAGAUCUUAUGUAUGGAUUAUCUGGAAUAAAAACAAUAGAAAUAGUUAUACAAUGAAUUUUUUAUUGAUUAAGUUUGGACUAAUUUUAUUGUCUAUUCAUAUUAAGAUGCUAGAUAAUGGCCUUCUGAAUUAUUCAAAAUGUAGGUGAAAUUAGUAUUGGAGAAUCUAACAAACAAAGACAAAUACAUUCGAAUCUAAAAAAUCACAGAGACCUUUGAGUUGGUGAAUAGCAAGGAAUGCUAAGAACGUAAAAUUACUUAACUUUCCACUUGGUUCUUUUUUGAAGUGCUGUUAAAUCAUAAGAUAAGUGAAAUGGAACUCGCAUCCAUAUAUGUGAAUAAUUUAAUCAAUAGUGUGAUGGUAUAGGAUAAUCCUGCGUACGAAAGGUUGCAGAUUGACUAGUUGCAUUUAUAUAAAUUGCAAUUGAUUUAGCAGAUUUUAAUUCUAUUUAAUACUAUUAAAAAAAAUAAGCAUGAUAAAACUUAGUUUAAUGAAUUACUAACAUAGUUUAGAAAUGCUUUCAAAAAUGAGUAUAGUUAAUUUAUUGAUGACGAUGUUUAUGAUUAGACAGUGAUUGAAGAUUUAAAGAAAUAAAUUGAUUCAUUAUGA